AUGGAUAAAUCGCCGAUCACUUCCUCUACACUGAAUCCUGAUCCUGGUUUAACGAGAAUAGAUUAUCAGCGCAACCUGAAAUCCCAAAUGCCGAAGUCAUUAUUAAACCGGUACAAGCUUGGCGACUCGGCGGGAGAAGACGACGAUAGGUCGGCUUCGGCUCGGAAGAAGCGGAAAAUUAAGAAUUAUUACCCUCUCAAUCUUCUCGGGACCAGGGAUUUUGCUUGGAUUAGAAGGGGGAUGAUCUUUCCGUUUAUGGUUUUGGCAGACAGGAUGUCCAAGUUAAGGAGGCAUUUCCUGGCAGAACAGGGAUUUACAGAGAAAUUGUUACAGGAUAUAAACAUCGGCCAGCUGGGAAUACCAAAUGUGCGCUGCGAUGGCUGUAAAGUUUGGGUACAUGCUGAGUGUGACAAAAUUUCAAACAACCGUUUUAAGGAUCUGGAGGGCACUGAUUAUUACUGCCCUAGUUGCAAAGCAAAAUUUAACUUUGAACUGUCUGAUUCAGAGAAAGGGCAGCCAAAAUCCAAAUUGAACAAAAGUAAUGGACAACUAACACUGCCAAACAAAGUUACCGUUGUCUGCUCAGGGGUAGAAGGCAUAUAUUUCCCAAGCCUUCACCUGGUUGUGUGCAAAUGUGGGUCUUGUGGCCUAGAAAAGCAAGCGCUUAGUGAAUGGGAACGGCAUACAGGUUCCAAAAUUAAAAAUUGGAGGACCAGUAUUAGGGUGAAAGGUUCUAUGCUGCCACUAGAACAAUGGAUGAUGCAGUUAGCAGAGAAUCAUGCACGUUCUGUUUCUACCAAACCUCCAAAGCGCCCUUCCAUUAAGGAGAGAAAGCAGAAGUUGCUUGCAUUUUUACAGGAGAAAUACGAACCUGUUUAUGCAAAGUGGACAACAGAACGUUGUGCUGUAUGUAGAUGGGUUGAAGAUUGGGACUACAACAAAAUUAUCAUCUGCAACAGGUGUCAGAUAGCUGUUCAUCAAGAAUGCUAUGGAGCAAGGAAUGUGCAGGACUUCACUUCCUGGGUUUGCAAGGCAUGUGAAACACCUGAUGUUAAGCGGGAGUGUUGCCUUUGUCCAGUAAAAGGUGGUGCUCUAAAGCCGACUGAUGUUGAGACAUUAUGGGUUCAUGUUACCUGUGCUUGGUUUCAACCUGAAGUCUCCUUUGCAAGUGAUGAAAAGAUGGAACCUGCUGUUGGAAUCUUAAGUAUCCCUUCAAAUGCUUUUGUAAAGAUUUGUGUUAUUUGUAAGCAAAUUCAUGGUUCCUGCACUCAAUGUUCCAAGUGUUCCACUUAUUACCAUGCAAUGUGUGCUUCAAGGGCAGGGUAUCGCAUGGAGUUGCAUUGCUUGGAGAAAAAUGGGAGACAGACUACGAAAAUGGUUUCAUAUUGUGCGUAUCACAGAGCUCCAAAUCCAGAUACAGUUUUGAUCAUACAGACUCCUCUAGGGGUUUUUUCUGCCAAAAGCCUUAUUCAAAAUAAGAAGAGGGCUGGUACAAGGUUAAUUUCAUCCAAUAGAGUGAAACUGGAAGAGUUGCCAACAGAAGAAACUACUGAGGUUGAGCCCCUCUCUGCUGCAAGAUGUCGGGUCUUUAAAAGAGUAAACAACAAUAAGAAGAGAACAGAAGAAGAAGCAAUUGCCCACCGAUUAAUGCGACCUUGUCAUCAUCCUUUAGAUGUAAUACGAAGUUUCAAUGCAUUCAGAGUAGUUGAGGAACCUAAAAGUUUUUCUUCAUUCAGGGAAAGGCUUUACCACUUGCAGAGAACGGAAAAUGAUCGUGUUUGCUUUGGUAGAUCUGGGAUACAUGGAUGGGGCCUUUUUGCUCGUAGAAACAUUCAAGAAGGAGAAAUGGUCCUUGAAUAUCGUGGUGAACAGGUAAGGCGCAGCAUAGCAGAUCUUAGGGAGGCACGCUACCGGUCAGAAGGGAAAGACUGCUAUCUUUUCAAGAUAAGUGAAGAGGUAGUGGUAGACGCCACUGACAAAGGAAACAUCGCACGCCUAAUAAACCAUUCAUGUAUGCCAAAUUGCUAUGCCAGGAUCAUGAGUGUGGGUGACGAUGAAAGUCGUAUUGUCCUUAUUGCUAAGACUAACGUACUUGCCGGUGAUGAGCUAACGUAUGAUUACCUAUUUGAUCCUGAUGAGCCCGAUGAAUUCAAAGUUCCCUGUUUAUGUAAAGCUCCAAACUGUCGGAAAUUCAUGAAUUAGGUUACACUUACAGCACAGUUAUUGUUUCUCCGCAAGGAGCACUAACCCAAUCCCCACCCUGCCUAUGGGAUCUCACAGUCACACAGGAGUUGUAAUUUUUUACCAAAAGGAAAAAAGAAAAAUUUUUUUUAGUCCUUUUGAUAACAAUCUUUUGUUCUUUGAGCUUAAUAAAAUGUUAUAGGUUUUUCCUGCUUUUUUUUGGUUCAGGCAUUUGUGUAAAUAUGUGUAUUCAGAGCUUAAUUAAAUGCGAACCAUUCUGAAUUUUAUUUUUCCA